UGAUCGUUAGAGUUAGUUUCAUAAACCUAAUCUCGAUCAGUUUAGAAGCGAGCAGCGUAGCGUGCGAUUCAUGACUUCAACGUAUAUUCGUUUCCCCAUGUGAUUCCGAUCUGCUUCCAAUUUCACCUGAACUCAGUCACCGCGUUCCGAUUAUGGGGGGAAACAUCAAAUACCAGCCAUUGUUUCAGAAGCCCAGGCUGUCCAGGGGGCUGAAAAGAUUCCAGUGCGGACGGUUCAAGAUCAUCGUCAUCGGCGUACUGACAAUAUCGCUGCUCGUCGUAGCCGUCCGCGUCAUCUCGGUAGGUCGAGAUUUUAAUUCUCCCGUUCUUACGGUGGAACGUCCUCAAAGACACAUCAGACUGACAACGAUACGGAACAUUCAGAAUGAGUUCGGUGACAUGUUCGACGUCGAAUUGGCCACCGCUUCGAUUGAAUCUUCCAAGCCGCACGAGUGGAAGCUGACCGACGUUGAGGAGUCGCACAUUUUUUCCGCUUACCUCGACACGAGACCGGAAGUGAUCCUCGAUCACGGGCACAACGACGCCCCGAAAGAAAUCACCUGGGCGAUGAUACGAAUCAUAGCGAUCCUUCCGUCGAAUUUGACGUCCGCUCCUCUGACUUGCGUUUACAAGUACCGUAACAACGGUGAUUAUUCGGAGGAUUCGUUCACAUUGAGGAAAAGAGGGGCUACCAGCGUUCAGCAAGCGGCCGCCGUAGAGAGGCACGGGAUGAAGUACAACGCAUUUUUUGUACUCUGCGAUCUGAAAAUUGACACCGAAACGACCCCCGAGACAUUCUACUUGAAGAAGCACAUACCGUAUGAAAUAACUUUCACCGACAGGAAUUUGGAUGACCCCGGUCAAGUGAAAAGCGACUCUUUCGUUCGCAUACUCUAUCCGGAGAACGGGAUAUCCCGGUCCGAAGUCACGACGGACUUCAUGGCCGUCUGCGUCGGUGUAUCGCGUAACAAUUUUGACAGAGCUUUGAACUUGGUGGAGUACAUAGAAUUCUACCGCAUGAUGGGCGUCGGCCGUUUCACAUUUUACAAUAAUUCGAUAUCCGCGAGAGCGAACGCCGUGUUGGAAUAUUACAGAGAUCGGGGUGUCGUCGAUGUGAUGAACUGGGAUCUCCCCCCGUACUACGUAUCCGAACGAACGCUCAGAGUGGACGGAAUGUUCGCCGCGUUGAACGACUGUCUUUACCGAAGUUCGUUUCACAAGAAAUUCAAGUACGUAGCGAUCGUCGACGUCGACGAGUUCAUAGUGCCGAGAAAACACGAUAAUUUCGAAUCGAUGAUGCGAUAUCUGGAUCCCGUGAAACCGGACGGUAAGAAGGGUAAACAGGCAUCCUUCGUAUUCCGGAACAUGUUUUUCUAUCUGAUGCUGGACGACGACCCUGUAACCUUAGCUCCAGAUGUACCCAAGUUAUUGACUCAUUCGAAGACGUCGAGGUGGGAGGGUAUAUCGCCCUGGUCGGUACGCAGCAAGUACGUCGUCCGAGGCAGAGACGCCGUGGAGCUCGGAAACCAUCAAACUUGGCAAUUGAGGAACACCUGCUCACCCUUCAGUCUCCGGUACCAGGAAUACGCGGUGGACCCGGCGAUAGCCGCCUCCCAGCAUUAUCGAUACUGCGAAACCAACAUCGAAACAUGUUGGCAGAGACGAACGCUGAGGGACAGAACCGCUCACAAAUUCACGAAGUUACUCGGCGACAAGGUCGCUGCUGCGUGCAGAGAAAUAGCCAAUGACAGUUGUUCGAACGGCGACUGAUGUUCGAACUACGAUGAAUCUGGUAAACGUCAAAAGGCUGAUGAAAAGGAGUUUGCAAAUAUUUUCCGUGGGUAAAGUGAAGUAUAAACAAAUUAACGGUAGGAAUCUGACGGAGCAAAUAUAGGCAACAAACGUACGCUGA